AUGACGACUCCUACUGUUACGAUCGCAGACCACACGACCGCUUCCAACCCACGUCCUCACAUUCUCUACACCAUUAAGACCGACUUAGACGGUGGACUACUGGUUACUCAGAGGAGAUACUCAGAGUUUGUCGCCCUUCAUGAGGCUUUGAAGGAUUCAUACAAUCUUCCUCCCAAACGUCUCAUCGUUACGACUUUCAUCCCCUCUGCGUGGGCCGACGAUGCUCUUAUCGCAGAACGCAAGGCAGGCCUUGCCGAAUACCUCGCCGACCUGCUCGCGACUCCCAAGUACAAGGACAAGUCCGCUCUGUUCGACUUCCUCUCUCCUCGCACGGCCGAGAUCAACCAGAAGUUCUUCCUCGAGGAUGCCCUUCCGUCUACCCUCACCCGGACCAAGGCGAUGAGUCUGGCCGCUGCUGCCACCGGCGGCGAAGUGAACGCCUCGGCCGUCAUGAUCUCGGGCGCCUACUACCCCGACUGGAGUGCAGGCCGCAGACCUCCUGAGAGCAUCGAUUACUCGAAGUUCGAUAUCCUUUUCUUCUCGUUCGUCACCCCCAACUCGUCCUCGACCAUAAGCUGGGGCAGCGGAAGCGAGGCCAUCUUGAGGCGCCUCGUCGCGAGCGCCAGGAGCAGCGGCUAUGGCACUCGCAUCGUGCUCGCUGUUGGUGGUUGGCUCGGGUGCCAGUGGUUCAGUCAGGCUUGCUCGACCGCUGCCAAUAGGACCAAGUUCGCCAACUCCCUCGCUAGCGCUGUCAAUACUUACAACCUCGACGGCAUUGAUCUUGACUGGGAAUACCCCAACUCUCCUGGAGCUGGCAACCCUUACAGCCCCAACGAUGCUGCCAACCUCCUCAGUCUCAUGAAGUUAUUGAGGACUGCUCUCGGCCCUUGCAAGAUCCUCUCCGCCGCAGUUCCCCAUUUGCCGUGGUUGGGAACAACUGGCAGGCCUCUCACAGACGUCUCAGAGUAUGCCAAAGUGCUCACAUACGUCAACAUCAUGAACUACGAUGUCUGGGGCUCGUCUGCCAACCCCGGUCCGAACGCGCCUAUCGGAGAUCUCUGCAAGACCUCGAAGCAGCCUCAGGCGAGCGCACAGGCUGCCUUCAACCAGUGGACCGCUGCCAAAUUCCCAGCCAACCAGCUCCUCCUCGGCCUCGCCCUCUACGGCUACGUCUCCAAAAGCUCCAAGACCGUCCUUACGGGCAGCUCGAUGCCCUCCGAUGAGAUGGUCCUCCUCCAGCAAGAGGAGGUCAAGAACGACGACGACGAGCUGGAGGUGAACUUCCUCAACGGCGCGCACCCCAACCCGAGCGUCAGCGCGCCUCCGCCUACACCCACGUCCGCGUCUAUCAAGGACGAUGGGGAGGUAAGCGCACAGGCGACGCUGACAUCGUGGUGGGGCCAGCAGAUCCCGUUCUACGAGAUCGUCAGGGCUGGUGCGCUCGUGAAGAGGUCGGAUGGAAAUUAUGGGCAGGCGGGAGGUUUCACGAUGGGAUGGGACAACUGCAGCAACACUCCGUAUCUUUUCAACACGGCCCAGACAACGGUUGUAAGCUACGACGACACCUGGUCCCUCACCGACAAAGCCAAGUUCGCCGUGUCUAGCGGGAUGGCUGGCUGCUUCACUUGGUCGCUCGAUCAGGACGACGGGCUUACUCUGCAGAACGCCAUCAGGAAAGGCCUCGGGAAGUAG